ACAUAGAGUCAGCUCAGGAGCUCUGCGGCACACAGCUGAUCGAACCCACUCAUUUCUAGAGGACACCAUGUUGGAAGGGCCAAGGCGUGAUCGUCGGCCACGCACAAGAUUUCUCCCCAAACAACUCACAGCAUUGAGAGAAUUGCUUGAAAAGACCAUGCACCCAAGUUUGGCUACAAUGGGGAAACUGGCUUCAAAGCUACAACUUGAUCUAUCCGUAGUAAAGACUUGGUUCAAGAACCAGCGUGCCAAAUGGAAGAGGCAGUGGCGGCAGCAAAUGCAGCCAAGGCCAUCACUAGGACCAGCAAACCAGACAAUUUCAGUGAAGGAGGAGACUCCCUCAGCCAUAACUACUGCAAACAUUCGUCCAAUAAGUCCUGGAAUCUUUGAUGCAAAUGACCAUGAUCUACGUGAGCCUUCUGGUAUCAAGAAUCCUGGAGGAGCCAGCGCCUCUGCGAGGGAUUCAUCCUGGGAUUCUCAGUCAUAUGACAUUGAACAGAUAUGUCUGGGGGCUUCAAAUCCUCCUUGGGCCUCCACUCUCUAUGAAAUAGAUGAAUUUGUAAAGAUCUAUGACUUGCCAGGGGAAGAUGACACCAGCAGCCUAAAUCAAUAUCUUUUUCCAGUAUGCCUUGAGUAUGACCAGCUCCAAUCUUCAGUGUAACUUCUUACACACCGCUUCUAGGGGAGGUCUGGAUCUGACCCAAUGAGACAUAUUUCCAAAUAUCUUUAAUGGUUUGACCCCAGUCUAAGUAGAUCAGGGGCUGGGAAUUUAUCUUUUUCUGUAGAAAAAAUAAUAAAGGAACUCCCCUACCUCUCAUCAUUGCCUGCAUUUUCUGAGCUCCAUUUGAGUGCCUCCUCUCCCAAAUUUCAGCAUUAAAGAGCGUAUUCAGAGAAGUGACGCCAGGAGCACAGUGACAUAGGAGGUUCCUGACUCUGAUGCACUGAAUAAACAUCUAUGCCUGGAUAAGUUCUCUCUGGAAGAAAGUCAGAAGUGAGUUGAGAGACUCCUACACACCAGGCAACUAAGAAAAUGUCUCAGCAGGCCAGUCGCGGUGGCUCACGCCUGUAAUCCCAGCACUUUGGGAGGCCAAGGUGGGCGUAUCAUGAGGUCAGGAGAUCAAGACCAUCCCGGCUAACAUGGUGAAACCCCAUCUCUACUAAAAAUACAAAAAAUUAGCUGGGUGUGGUGGUGGGUGUCUGUAGUCCCAGCUACUUGGGAGGCUGAGGCAAGAGAAUUGCUUGAACCCAGGAGGCGGAGGUUGCGUGAGCCAAGAUUGCGCCACUGCACUCCAGCCUGGGCGGCAGAGUAAGACUCCAUCUC